AAGUUCCCAUUCAGCAAGGUCGUAGAGCAUGUGGGGCAGGAUUGCUGCUGGCGCACCGUGGGACGGAAAAGCACAUGACCCUGGAACCAUCGAAGGGUGGCCUGCAGCCCUUGUCUGCAGCCAUGCUGAGAAGUCUCUGAGGGCUCAGCCAUCCCACGCACCUCUUUCCCUGAGAAGGACUUCUUGAUGAGCUGGGCGGCCAGUUCCUUGCGGAGGAAGGAGGCCUGGGCAUCCAGCUUGCUGAUCCCCCGGGGCUCAAAGAUGUCCACGUCGAUCUGUGGCAUUGAAGCAGUUCCUGUACCAAGGCUCCCAUUUGGGAGCUAUCAUCAAGUCUCAGCCAAGAGCCAACGUAUAUCCUGACCACCUACUGUGUGCAGCACCCACCCAGCUCUCAGCACAGGGCCUGGUUGUAGGCACUCCAAAAAUAUUGGCCAAAUGAAAGUGUGCAUGCCUGAGCCCCUCAACUCGGCCACCACUAAGGUGCCAGUAACAAUUACAGCCCCUCAGGCUGCCCAGGACUUCCUGGUUUACAAACUCCCUGGACAUUCAAUAUCUCUCAUGAUCCUUGCGGCAGUUCUGGGACAUGCAAAACCCCCAUUUGACAGAUGAGCAAGCCAAGGCUCAGAAGGAGGAGGAGAUUGGAGGGUUCAGGGAGCUCCCUGCCCACGAACAGCCAUCAGAGCCCACCCUGAGGAGUCAGUCCCCUCCCUGUGUGCUCAGGCCCAGGGCUGCACACGGUGGGUGCCGAACCAACGCUCAGAGCUGCAGAGAGAGAGAGGCAGGAGCACAGCUCCUGAGACCUUGCCCCUGCAUGUGGUCACCAGCGAUCUACCUCAAAAUGCUGCACCAGCUGCUUGGGCUUGACCUUGAUGACAAUGUCAUACUGCAUAAGCUUUCGCUUCAGCACCUCCUCGUAGGUCAGCCGGAACGUGGCCUUGCUCCGGGGACCGAUGGUGACCUGGAUGGCAAACUGCUCCAUCGUUCUCCCCGAGGCCCUGGAUGUGCCACCAGCGGCAACAACAAACAGACAAAUGGGAGGAAGACGCCCUCAGGGAGGUGCCCCUCCCCGACCACACAGGGCCUUCAUAUUGGAGGUGCUCCCAGCCCAGGCACUAAGGAGGCCCUGUCCAGAUUUGGUGGCAGUGGUGGGAUCCAAAGGAAACUUCUGAGGGCUUUGAGGACAAGAAACACAAGCACUGGUACCCUCAAAUCCUCUGAGUUCUCUUUCUCGCCACUUCCAAAGGCCAUGGGUAGCUCUUUGGCCAGAAAUUGGCCAAAUUGGAAGCUGAUAUUCAGAGCCUGUAUGUCAUCAAAAAGCUGAACCUCCGAAAUGCCUCCAGCCGAGAGCGGCGAGCUGCUGAACAGGAAGCUCAACUCUUGUCUCAGUUGAAGCAUCCCAAUAUUGUCACCUACAAGGAGUCGUGGGAGGGAGGGGAUGGUCUGCUGUACAUCGUCAUGGGCUUCUGCGAAGGAGGUGAUCUGUACCGAAAGCUCAAAGAGCAGAAAGGGAGGCUUCUGUCCGAGAGUCAGGUGGUGGAGUGGUUUGUUCAGAUCGCUAUGGCUCUGCAGUAUUUACAUGAAAAACACAUCCUUCACCGAGAUUUAAAAACUCAAAAUGUCUUCCUAACAAGAACAAACAUCAUCAAAGUGGGUGACCUAGGAAUUGCCCGAGUGCUUGAGAACCACUGUGACAUGGCUAGCACCCUCAUUGGCACACCCUACUACAUGAGCCCUGAAUUGUUCUCAAACAAACCCUACAACUAUAAGUCUGAUGUUUGGGCUCUGGGAUGCUGUGUUUAUGAAAUGGCCACCCUGAAGCAUGCUUUCAAUGCAAAAGACAUGAAUUCUUUAGUUUAUCGGAUUAUUGAAGGAAAGCUGCCACCAAUGCCGAAAGAUUACAGCCCAGAGCUGGCAGAAAUAAUAAGAACCAUGCUGAGCAAAAGGCCUGAAGAAAGACCUUCUGUGAGGAGCAUCCUAAGGCAGCCUUACAUAAAGCGCCAAAUAUCCUUGUUUUUGGAGGCCAUGAAGGCAAAAACCUCCAAAAAUAAUAUUAAAAAUGGUGACUCUAAAUCCAAGCCUGUGGUUACAGUGGUUUCUGGAAAGGCUGAAUUAAGUCAUGAAGCCGUUCCCCCUCAACCACACUCUUCUGAGGGCUCCAAGACAUAUGUAAUGGGUGAAGACAAAUAUUUGUCCCAGGAGAAACCCAUAGUCAUUGGCCCCUUGAAGACACCCGCAAGUCUGAAAGGCCACACCUACAAACCAGACGUAAGCAAUACCGCAGAAUCGCUAGCCACGAUCAGUAGGGUGAAUAUUGACAUCUUACCUGCAGAAAGGAGGAACUCAGUGAACAACAGCUUAGUUCAAGAGAAUCAACGAAGACAUUUAGAUGCCUCUAAUGAGCUAGAAGGUAAAUGUAUUAUUUCUCAAGUGAAAGAGAGGCUGCAGGAUAACACUAAAUCCAGUGCUCAACCUGGAAACCGAAUUCCCACAUGGUCCAUUGACUAUGUCACUGGAGAAAGGAAUGACCCAGUGAAGCCUCUGCAGCCCCUAAACAAAGACCAAAAUUUAUCAAAGGACCAGUUCCAAGCGACUCCUCCUCGUCUUUUGCCUUCUCUUUCUACUGUUGGAAAAGUGGAUGUCACAUCAACACAAAAAGAUGCUGAAAACCAAAGUAGAGUGGUCGCUGGGUCUGUGAGCAGUUCGAGGAACAGAGAGAUAUCAUCAUCAAAGGACCGACCAUUAUCAGCAAGAGAGAGGAGGCGACUAAAGCAGUCACAGGAAGAGAUCUUCCCCUCAGGCCCUUCAGUGAGGAGUCCAGCGGGGCCAGGGAAACCACAAGAGGAAGACCACCCUACCCCUGCUCAAUGGUUGUCUUCUGACUACAGCGUUGCUCAGGAAAGGAAACUCACCCAUUGUCUCUCUGAGGAUGAGUUAAGUUCUUCUACAAGUUCAACUGAUAAAUCAAAUGGGAAUUCAAAGGAAGGGAAAGGUCAUACAAAUGAAAUGAGUGACUUGGUACAAUUGAUGACACAGACCCUGAAGUUGGACUCUAAAGAGAGCUAUGAAGAUCUCCUGGUACCAGAGCCAGUGUCAGAAUUUAAACUUCAUCGGAAGUAUCGGGACACGCUGAUACUUCAUGGGAAAGUUGCAGAGGGGGCGGAGGAACUCCAUUUUAAAGAGCUACCUUCAGGUGCUAUCGUGCCAGGUUCUGAAAAAAUCAGAAGAAUAGUUGAAGUCUUGAGAGCUGAUGUAAUUCGGGGCCUGGGGAUUCAGCUUUUAGAGCAGGUGUAUGAUAUUUUGGAAGAGGAGGAUGAAUUGGAAAGAGAGGUACUUUUGCGGGAGCACAUGGGUGAAAAGUAUGUGACUUACAAUGUGAAAGCUCGCCAGUUAAAAUUUUUUGAAGAUAAUGUAAAAUUUUGAUAAUUUACGUAAUCUGCUGCCAGAGUGAAACUAUUUUCAAAGGUUUUUGGCUUAAACAAAAACAAACAAACCUAUAAUAAUGACUGGAGGCCAUUCACCAUCCUUAUAUUUUUUGGGCCUUUUUUUACUAGAAAAAAAUUGGACAGAGUAAUAUGAAGCAAGCUUAUUACAAAAGAAAAAAACCUUUGGCUAUCUUAUUCUCUUUAUGAGAAUAAA